CUUUCAGACGCCACUAUUCAUCAGUUGCUAUAGAAAUUCCGGUGCUUGUGUGGUGACGUCACCUUACUAGAAACAAGACUUGUUCUCUACUGUCCCUGAUGCGCGCUCCUGCGUAUUCGCCAUCUUGGUGUCUGUCUGUCCGGAGCCGGGACACACCCGGAUGCCGGUGACGGACUGGUUUACCGAGGUCAUGCAUUUAGCAGAUGAGUGAUUGCAACACUGUUGGGGUAUCCUGGAAGUGUCAGUCCCAGGAGGACAGAAGAUGUCCCGGAGGAAACAGACAACUCCAAAUAAAGUUCAUUGGGAGCAGGUGUUUGCUGGAUUGGAGCAGCAGGCUCGUCAAGCAAUGAUGAAAACUGAGCUUAUGAAGCAAGAGGAGUCAGGGGUGGAACAGCAUGACCGAAGUAGCAGUGACAGCGAUGCAGAGGAUACAACAAAUGAUGAUUUUUCAUCGCCUGCCUCAGAAGAUGAUACCAAUGAAGAAGCAAACGAGCCAGGGAUCAGCAGAGAAAUACAGAGUUCUGAGGAGACUGUAAGACCUGGUGGAGUUGACUAA